CCCAUCGCUGAAUGCAUAGCCAGUUCUCCGAACGGAUAUCCUUCUUCUUCUGAAAGUGGGUUCCUGUGAGUCACUGAUUGCUUCUGCAAAGAAUUAAUUAAUUCCUCAUGGGACCAGGCGUUGUUGUUGGGGAUCUGAGCUCGCACAGCAGGAGCAGGAGGACGAGGACCCAGGGUUGCGUUGUGCAGGAAGAAGAAGAAGAAGCUUGCGCAGGCAGGCAGUGCGGCUAUGUCUGGUAGAAUAUGGAGUUAGCAGGUGGGUAACCUUCCUUGGGCCCUAUUUACUUGACAACUUUAAUUCCUUGAUUGAGUGGUUAAGCUGCUGUCCAUGGCUAUGGAACCACGAGUAGCAGGUACCGAAAUUCAUUGUUAUGGCCGCGGAAUUUCGGCUUUCGACGUCGGGAUGCGUAGGUUCAUAUCUGGAGAUGUAAUUUCGAAUACGUUGCUUGGCUAUGGAUUGUGCAUAUGUAGAGAGAGAAGAAGAGGGGGCUCUGUGCGGUGUGGCUCAGAAGAAACUCCAAAUUCCAUUUUGCAAGAAGCUGGGAGUAAGAGACGAGCUGCCAGAACGGCCGAUACAGUGGUUAUGAGAAUAGAGCGGAGCAACGAAGCCACUGAGAGGAGAGCGUUGGCCAAAGGUUCAAAGAGGCUGUAUCCUCGUGCAUUGUUGGAAUCUCUCGAUGUGCGUAUCAAGCAGAAUGAAUGGGAGUCUGCUUUGAGGGUAUUCGAGCUUGUGAGAAUACAAGAGUGGUACACUGCGGAAGUGUCCACUUAUGUUAAACUGUUGACUAUGUUAGCAAGGGUCAAGCAGCCCCAAGCGGCCUCAAACCUCUUUGACUUCUUGCUGCAGGACAAGUUACGGCCCACCCUUGAGAUAUUCACAGCUUUGAUUACUGUCUUUACGAAGAGCAACCUCCUGAAGAAGGCUUUCGAAGUUUUUGAGCAGAUGAGACUAUUUGAUGGAUGUUUACCCGAUAAGUACGCGUACACCACGAUGAUCAAGGGGUGUUGCGAUGCGGGGCUUUAUGAUCAAGCGAAGAAGUUAUUUAAUGAGAUGAUGAGAGAAGGUGUUGAGCCAACCAUUGUCACGUACAAUACCCUUAUCUUUGGGUAUGGGAAAGCCGGUUUGUUUGCGGAGAUUGAAUAUUUGCUUUCUUUGAUGGAGGCAAACGGUAUAACGCCAGACACAAUCACAUGGAACACGUUGAUACGAGUCUUUGGGCUGCAUAACCGAAUACCUGAAAUGGAGCAAGCUUAUGAGGGACUUCUUGCGCAAGGUUUAAUGGCCGAUGAAGUGACUCUCAACAGUCUUAUAGGAACAUACGGGAGGGCGGGCUUGUACGGGAAGAUGGAGUGCGUGACUGAUUUCAUGCGGAGGUACAGUUAUCCAAUGACAACGGUAACCUACAACAUAAUUAUUGAAAUUUAUGGUAAAGCUAGAAAGAUUGAGCAAAUGGACACAGCUUUCAAGAGAAUGAAAGCUCAGGGCUUGAAACCUAACUGUAUCACAUUUUCUUCUAUCUUAAGUGCUUAUGGUAAACAUGGAGAAUGGCACAAAAUUGAGAAAAUCAUGCGGCAAGUGCGACAUUAUAAUGCUGCUGAUACUGCCGUGUACAACGCUGCUAUUGAUGCUCAUCGGAGGGCCCUAGAUUUUGAGGCUAUGGAGAAACUGUUUGAGGAGAUGAAGAUGGAAGGUGUCGCACCUGAUGGUAUUACAUAUACCACAUUAAUUGAAGCUUACGGGAGAGUCAGGAAGCUGCAGAAAGCACGGGAAUUGCAAGAGGAGUGGGACGCAUUAAAGAAAUGACUCUAAUCUUAACAAGUGACCGAGUAAUGGUAUCAAUCAUUGUUUUAGACGGAGAAAAACAUGAGCAAGAGGAGAAUCUUUUCGGAUAUUUAGGCCCAACGGCUUGAUAUUGAAGGCUUUCUCUGGCUGGCCCUUUUUACUACACAAAGGAGUAUUUCUUGAUCGAUGACAAGCCAUCGAUGAGCAUAGGAAAACCAUCUGAGGUAAUUUGCUUGAAGAAAGCAGGGCAUGAAUCUGCAAGUCUGCCUUGAUAUUACAAAAAGACAAUGUUGUGUCAUGUGUAUUGACAAGGACCCUGACGAUUGCACUGUUGCUAGGAGAUCGUCAGUUGUACUCUUCUGUACAUAUCUGGAUAUGGAUUGUCAGAGUGAGAAAAGACCGAGUAGGGAUUGAGUUAACAUGAGAUAAUUGUGACGGGUUCAAAAGUGUCCUUCCUGUCCAUGUUUUGAUGACUAAUGAAUUUGGAAGUCUCAUGGUCACUUGAUGGACUUAUUGCACAAUU